ACAUAAAAACAAAUGGUAAUUGUUAAAUAAAAGUAACUUUCUCACUCACAUCUUUUGCUUGCAUGCAAACAAACACUCCCUAAGUCCGUUUUAACUAGAACUCCACAAAAUUAAGAGUGGGGAUUUGCUUCUUUGAGAUAUCUCUCUCGCCCCAAAUUGAGAGUAGCGAAUGGAGUGUUUAAAUCCUUCUCCUCUCUCGUCCUUGCCGCCGGCUUUUUUUCCGACAACGGCCUCCGCUGCUUCAGAAUGCGUUUGUUGGCGUUGGAUUACGCCUUGUAAAUCCAAAAGAAGCCGGCUUUUCUCGUCGAGGACAAGGGAAAAUCUCGGAGCUUGUGCCCAAUCCUCAUCUAGCUUGAUUUAUGAAGGGGAACUCGUUAAUUUGGAGGAGAAGGAGAGUCUUCUCGGAACGAAAUUGCUUUUUUUGGAGGAAAGGGAUGAGGAGAUAUUAUCAGAGAGGAUAAUAGACCUUAGCCGAUCCAACAAAGCGAGGAGCGCACUGCAACUAUUUGUUUCAGUCGAUGCCUCGGGCCUUUGGCCCAAUUCACAUGCUUGUAACUCUCUUAUUGCUUGUCUUAUCCGCAAUGGGUCGGUUAACGACACCUUGAGAGUUUUUGGGAAGGUGAGAAGGAAGGGAGUGGCGACUUGUCACACGCAUAGCUUGGUACUUAAGGCCGUUGCUAGUGUGCAAGGUUGUGACUCUGCAUUGAAACUAUUCAAUGUAUUGGAAGGUGAAGCCAUAACGAAGAAGAACUUCGAUAUCAUUGUCUACAAUACAAUGAUAGCAAUAUGUGGGAAAGCGAAAAAUUGGGUUGAGGUUGAGAGAUUGUGGAGGGCAUUCAAGGAGAAUGAACUAAGUGGAACUAUGAUUACAUAUAGCUUGUUGGUCAGCACGUUUGUGCAAUGUGGUCGCAUGGAGCUAGCCCUUGAUGCUUACCAUGAAAUGAUUGAUAAAGGGCUAGACCCGGUCGAGGAUAUUAUGAAAGCAGUUGUUGCUUGUUCCACAAAGGAGGGAAAUUGGCCUGUGGCUCUCAAGGUUUUUGAAGAAAUGCUCAAGAAGGGUAUGAAACCAAAUGUGAUUACAUACAAUGCUGUUAUAAAUUGUCUUGGGAAGGCGGGUGAAGUUGACGUAGCAUUUAGGAUUUGUGAUGUGAUGAAAUCUUCGGGACUUAAACCUGAUGUAUAUACAUGGAACGCAUUGCUUACGGCGCUCUAUAGAAGUAAACAAUUUUCAGGUGUCAUGCAAUUUUUUAAGGGCAUUAAGGCAAAGGACCCUUCUCAGUUGAAUUCCCACCUAUAUAACACAGCUCUGAUGGCUUGUCAGAGGCUUGGUUUAUGGGAGCGCUCACUGCAGCUACUGUGGGAGAUGGAAACAAGUGGAAUCCAAAUAUCUACCCUCUCUUAUAAUCAUGUGAUCAGUACCUGUGAAGCUGCAAGAAAGCCAAGAGUCGCAUUGCAAGUUUAUCAACAUAUGGUUCACCAGAAAUGUGCACCGGAUACAUUUACAUACCUGUCUUUGAUUAGGGCUUGUGUAUGGGGAUCUCUUUGGAUGGAAGCUGAGAAAAUCUUGGAGAGUGUUGCACCAGAUGCUUCCCUGUACAAUGCCCUCGUUCAUGGGUUUUGCUUACAAGGCAAAUUUACAUUGGCGAAGAAGAUUUAUGCAAAGAUGACUAGCAUCGGGCUUAAUCCAGAUGGCAAAACAAGGGCUUUGAUGCUUCAGCACUUGCCAGAAAAAGGACCAAAGAGUCCAAGGAAAAAUUGCGUCCAGAGACGAUGAUUAUAAGAAAACAGUCUGGAGGCAUCAACCUAUUUCAUUGAAUUCAUUAUACACUUAAUAAUCUUAUAUCGGAUGGAUCUAGCGAACUGGAUUACAGAAAUUAAACUGGCACGAGCUACAAAAUGGUUUCCUAUUUGGUUGUCCUGUGGAUGGAAAUGAAAAUGUAUUGACGAAGUUCUAUAGCUGUUCUCGCAGCUCGAUUUGGCAUCCGGAGGAAGUUCUCUGGCUCAAUAGGUUUGCUUUUUUGCUGCCCUGGUUGGGUUGCACUUGGCUCAGCAUCGUUGUGUAAUAGCAAACUGGCUCGAAAUUUAUUUAUGCAGUAAUGUAUAAACAUGAAGAAAGGAUUCAGCAACUCGCCUCGAGCUCUUAUAACCAAGGCCCAGUUUGCCUCGAGCUCUCAGAUUUGACAGUGUCAUGGUUGCACUACAGAUAUUAUCGCGGUGACAUUUCACAGAGCACAACACCUUCAUC